CUGUCGCCAGCGCCACCCAUUGCUGCCGAGGCUAAAGUCUGCUGUUGCCGCUGCUUAGCGGUUCCAAGCCUCCUUCGCCGCUGCCGCCACGGGCGCCACUAUUCCAAGCUGCUGCCGCCGAGCUGUUGCGGAGCGAGUCGGGCUCCUCCGGUGGGGUUUGCCCCUUUCCCCGCCCGCUCCUUCCCCCUGCCUGCGAGUCAGCCUGGCUCGGAAUCACGUGGCAAUUGCCUGAGGCAGAGACUAAAGAGGGGGGAAAAAGCGCUUCAUUCCUUCUUCCACCGCCAUACUGUAUUUUAUAGUAACUCGCGUUUUUAUUCCUUCCUUUUACUCCCGCUCGGGCUGAAGUCAAGUGAGCCAACCAUGACCGGCAAAACACAGACCAGUAAUGUCACCAAUAAGAAUGACCCCAAAUCCAUCAACUCUAGAGUCUUCAUUGGUAAUCUUAAUACAGCCAUUGUCAAAAAAGGAGAUAUAGAAGCAAUCUUUGCAAAGUAUGGAAAAAUAGUUGGCUGUUCAGUGCACAAAGGUUAUGCAUUUGUACAGUACAUGAGUGAGAGGCACGCAAGAGCUGCUGUGGCAGGGGAAAAUGCCAGGAUCAUUGCAGGACAACCAUUGGACAUUAACAUGGCAGGGGAGCCAAAACCAUACAGACCUAAGCUGGGAACUAAGCGACCACUUUCUGCUCUCUACAGACUUGAAUCAAAAGAACCUUUCCUUUCUGUUGGGGGUUAUGUCUUUGAUUAUGAUUAUUACAGAGAUGAUUUCUACAAUCGGUUAUUUGAUUACCACAGCCGGGUUCCUGCCCCACCUCGUGCUGUGAUUCCAUUGAAACGCCCACGAGUAACAGUCACAGCAACUCGCAGAGGAAAAGGAGUCUUCUCCAUGAAAGGAACAUCAAGGUCUACAUCAAGUGGAGCUUCUUCAUCAGGAUCAAAAUUGAAAUCAGAUGAAUUGCAGACAAUCAAGAAGGAAUUAACGCAGAUCAAAACAAAAAUUGAUUCUUUGCUAGGGAGACUGGAGAAGAUUGAAAAGCAGCAGAAAGCUCAAUCAGAAGUCCAAAAGAAACAAAUAGAAGACUGUGUAGAGUUGAUCCAAGAAGAAUGCAUAUCAGAGAAUGCGGACAACUCUACAGAAGAGCCUAUUGAAGGAGGGCUGGAUGGGGAUGGAGAAGAAAUGACAGAUGGGAUAGAGGAAGAUUUUGAUGAGGAUGGUAGUAAUGAGCUGUUUCUACAGAUCAAAUGAAUUGGGACCCUUACACAACACUUUGGAAGCUGAGAAGAUAAUUCAUAGACUUCCCUACGUGAAAAUUUAAACUAGUUUCUUGUCAGCUCGUAACAUCUUUGACUCAAUUUGUAUGAAGAACUGAAUUUACUUUUGGAAAUGGAGACCACCAUUCAAAAUUUUAAAACAUAUGUUUAAAACUAUGCGAUUGUCAUAUUUUUAUGGUUUAGACUGUAAAUGUGUUUCUCCUGGCUAAUCAUUGGUAUUUUUUUUAUUUUGAUGUCAGAUAGCCAAUGACCUGUAUGAUAAUAUGAAGGACAUAUUUAAAGCAAAAGAAAUACUGUAUACAAAUGUAUAUUUGUAAAAGCUAUUUUUAUGAUUAGCAUGUUUUAUGUUCAUCAUAUUUACAGUCAAGUGAUAUUGCACUUAAAUGUUUACAGCAUAAUGAUGAGAUCAUCAAAAU